CCAAGCUACUCCGCACACGGAUAUACAUCAGCUGUCGCAUAGCUUCAUUGCAAGAUAUCCUACCCAGAGUCUGCUGUGAUGGAUCUACCCUACGCCACACGAUAUCUAGCUCCUUACGAUGAGUCUAUACUGUGGAUUGUUAUCGUCGGCUUCCUCGUCGCCUUCGUUCUCGCCUUCGGUCUGGGUGCCAACGAUGCUGCUAACUCAUUCGGAACUGCCGUUGGAGCCAAAGUCUUCACUUUGCUGCAGGCCAUUAUUUUAGCGUCGAUCUUCGAAACGGCAGGCUCCAUCGCGCUUGGUGGCAAUGUAUCCGGAACGAUACGAGGAGGAUUAUUUGAUGCCACCGUCUAUGAUGGACGUGAGGAGUUAUUGAUGGUAGGACAGCUAUCAGCACUCGCAUCUGCGUGUGUGUGGCUCCUCGUCGCGACAAUGAUGUCAUUUCCGGUAUCAGCUUCGCACAGCAUUGUGGGUGCAUCUUUGGGAUUCCAUCUUGUGGUGUUUCUUGACACCGGCGUCGACUGGUUCGUCAUUGGCAAAAUAGCAAUAUCGUGGGUUGCAUCUCCGUUCUUAUCCGGCAUUGUAUCCUCUGCAAUUUACUUCGUGUUGAAGUAUACAAUGCUGGACAGAGACGACCAACUCAAGUCGGGUCUAAUCGCUGUACCCUUCUGGUAUUUUCUGGUAUUUUUCAUCAACUGCCUCUCCAUAUUGUUGGCGAUUAAAGAAGUUGAGAAUGCCACAUCAAUCGGCGUAUGGCUGAACGUUCUGGCAUCACUCGGCUUGGGACUUUUUGUCGCUGCAGCAGCAUUUCUGUUUUUGGUGCCUUAUACGAGAAGAAAGGCCAAAGCUGCUGAAGCACGCUACCAGCAAGAACAAGCCGAACUUGAGAAGGAACAGACAAUCCAUGCCAAACAAGGAGAUAUCGAAAUGAAAACAGUUUCUGCAGAGGUACACGCUUACGACAACAAGUACAUGACGACUGACGAGGAGAUGAACAGUGCCGACUCGGUGGACAGUAGUGGAAUCGAGGCAGGCAAUAGGACCCAUGCACAGUCAGCAACAUCCAAUGAUUUGGCGAACAUCGAGGUCACAAACCGACCGCGGGAGGACUCAAGGCUAUCACGCAUGUCACUGAAGGUGAUCACACUCGAUGCAAAGGAAGAAGAGGAAGAACAAAGCAUAUUCCACGUGGACAAGAAGUCCGAGGACUGGUUAGCGGUGAAGGACACCGUGGCAGUCACAACUAUCUGCGGACCUCUGCAGGGUCUGUCAGCAUGCUUUGCUGCGUUCUCACACGGUGGAAAUGACGUCAGCAAUGCCAUUGGUCCACUAAUCGGGCUGUAUCUCAUCUACACAAAAGGGAGGAUCGACACGAAAGAAGCGACACCUAUUUGGAUCCUGGUGUACGGCGGUGUAGGCAUUGCUGUUGGUCUUGCCAUUCUUGGACGCAGAGUCAUCAAGACCAUUGGCACUGACUUAACACCAAUGACUCCGUCUACCGGGUUCUCCAUCAACCUGGGCGCAGCCAUCACUGUCCUCGUUGCCUCUAAUCUUAGCAUACCAGUCAGCACCACGCAUUGCCUGGUAGGUUCUGUGGCCAUCGUUGGAUUCAUACGGGCCAGGAAAGCCAUGGAUUUGAAGCUCUUCACGGGUAUCUUCAGUGCGUGGAUCAUAACCCUGCCGGUUACUGUACUCCUCUCAGCUGCCUUCAUGGGUCUCAUCCAGCACGCCGUGCCAGGGGGAUGCGACAUACAACAGCUGCAGUAUCCGCCACCAAACACCACAACUGUCAUUAUGACUACUAUUGCAUGAGGAGGUGUGGUUACAUGCAUUCUACUGACUGAGAAUUAUGUAGAAAAGGUGGAAAAUGCAGGUGAAGUGUUGCAAAAGCUGUAUUAUAAAGCAAGUUAGUCGACUAGUGAUUGAUUCGUGACGUAACAUACGCCUGCUCUGUAAUUUUGACCAAUAGAUGGUCAGAACAUCACAAAACUCCUCGGUCCUCGCUCCCUGCUAUGCAUUAUGAUGCGUACGGCUAUUACCGAGCUCAUGAAUAAAAGUUAUAAGGCCUCAAAAUAUUCUAUAUAUAAGAGAGUUCUGAGAGCUAUGAAAUUGGGAAAUCAAAGUGAUGUGGCAGUGCACCCUAGCCCGGACAUCUUGGAUGCAAUUUGGGUCCGAAAGUGGUGCUACUUAGCCAUGUUGUGGAGGGAUCCUUUUCCAAGAUGGCUACUUUUCCACCUUCGGAAACAUCACUCGUUUUAGGGGUAGUCUUCUUUUGGUGAGAAUUGAUCGAAAAGUCAUCGGUCAGCCCACCAAAAUUUUAAAAGAAAAUGAAAGAUGACAUAUUGAUCAUCAUUUUUCUGUGCAGUCUGAACACCUGUUAUAGAAUUCUAAGUAUUUGUAUGUCUAUGGGAAGUUUUACACUUGGAUGAACCCCUAUAGUGACAAGUGAUUUUGAAGCGUCACCUCGUGACAUAUCGAGGGUAUUCAGCGAGGUAUCCGUCCGCACUUCUUUAAAAAACACAAUCGUUGUACAGCUGUAUAGUUGUUAAAAGGGAUUUGGGUUUCAUAGGAAACAUUUUUUAGGGUAUGGUUGGUAUGUAGGCCAUACUAUUAUGGUCAACACAGGAACGUCAGAAGAAAUUACGAGAAGCGAUUACUCAUUAUAAUCGAUGUAUCAUACUAAAUGAAAUGCUCGCCCCAAUAGGUUUGCUGCAGGAUGACAACGUUUUUGACACUAUAGGUUUGUGUACAGAUUAAUUACAAACUUAUUCAGCAGCGCCCUUAAUAUGGAGGGUCUUUUGUAAGUUGAAGGUCGUACAUUGCUGAAAAAGAAGUAGAAAGCAACACAUAUCUGUGUUCUGUAAAUGCUUUUAAAUGGGAACUUUUCCCCGAAACUAGACUCUCAAGUAAAUUAUUAAGAUAAUUUAAGGGGGUAAUUUUACAACUGGAAUUGCAUUCAUAAUGACGUAAAUUGUCCUAAAAUUAUUCUUUAGCUUUUUAAACUAUGUUAUAUGUUGGUACAUUGUGGUACCAUACCAGUAAAUGAGGGAAAUGGGUUCAAAGCCAUUCGGAAUUAGACCCUCGCUAUGAUUUGCCAAACUUCAGUCAUUUCAAGAACUUUUGUGCUUGUAUGUUCACGGCCGAUAUUACAGUCAAAACCUUAUUUGGUUUGUCCAAGAAACACACUGAAUCUUCAAAGAGUAGAGCUCACCGCAUAAACCGAUAAAACAUUAUUUAUUUCAAGACCAUGUUUCGUGCGAGACUUCUGCGUUGUAAUAUUUGUCAGCAUUUAACAAACAUUUGGCUGGUUUGAAACUUGAGGUCUGGUGUUUGAUAAAGAAGGGCGCUGCGCAUGCGCGGCAGUGAAGCCUUGCACUUAAACCAAGGUCUGGUUUAGAUCAUAUGCAUUCCAUACCUCCCUUCAAUCUUCUGUUUUCAAUACUUUCAAUGCGUUGGUUUAUUUCAAUCAAAACAAAAUAAAAAAGAAAUAAACAAUUUCCCGUUAGUUUUCCCAAAGUAAAAUGACGUGCAUCAAAGGCUGUGCGGGGAGCCAGGAUUUCCACCUUUUUUGGGGGGGGGGGGAGAUGUAUAUUAAGAGUAGAAUAUCGAUUCAAAAGCAGAAGACUAUGAGACAUUUUCAUUGGUGGUUUCUUUGUGUGUUUAUACAAAACUUAAUCUCUCGGCAACAGAGUCAUUUG